GCUGAAUAUCUAGUGGUAUUUAUUUCCAAACCUUCGAAAUCACAACUGGGAAUCUUCUAAGUGUUGCUUAGUGCUAACCAAUAAAACACCCACCACCAAAUCACAUCACAGUGAAUCCUCCCAAACAACUUUCCCAUAACAUUGAACCCUUCUCAUUAAUCGCAUUUUCCUCUACUCUAAAUCCCAACUGUGGGAUUCAUUUCAUAAAAGGAGACAGCCAAGGAGGUAACUCGGUGAGGGACGAUUUGUGCAUCAUCAAUGAUGAGACUAUACGAUGGGGUCAAAGAGAUUCUGAAGAUUCAGAAGUUCCGGAGAAUUGUGUCUUAUACCGGAUUCUACUGCUUUGCAGCUCUCGUGAGCUAUGCUUACACGAGUAAUACAACGAGAGCUGGGUAUUCUAGAGCUGACCAAUUCUAUGCAUCUUACCCAGCUGGAACCGAACUCUUAACGGACACGGCUAAGUUAUAUAAAGCCGCACUUGGCAAUUGCUUUGAAGUGGAAGAGUGGGGUCCGAUUGAGUAUUGCAUCAUGGCGAAACACUUUGAGCGGCAAGGGAAAUCGCCUUACGCAUAUCAUGCACAAUACAUGGCACACCUUCUCUCUAAUGGUCAACUUGAUGGAAGUGGCUAAAAGGAAAUUCCAAUGCUCUGUUAGAAGUGUAACUGUCAUAACUUUUUAGAAGUUGAAUUAUCUGACGCCAAUUGAGUGGAAUAAACAAAAUGAAGAUUAGUAAGUAGAAAAAUAUGCAACGACCUUCCUUAUCCCUUUUUUGGUUAUAUAAUAAGAACUGCUUCUAUCCAGCUUCAGAUAUAUCUCAAUGUUAUAUGGAAUGCCAUUUAGAAACACCCAAGAUAUGGUUAAGUUUCCAAUGUUGGUAUCUUUAA